AUGGAAGUGGAUAUAAGGAUUAAAAGGAUAGAGGUUCCCGAGGGAACAUACGACACUCUGGUUUUAUGUUAUGAUGACGAGAAAAUAAUCUUUGAGGACAAGGUUGUUGUGACUUUCAAGAGAUUCCACAAUACAAUUAUAGGUGACAGCAAGAUUCUAUUAAUGAAGAGAUCGUUUCCUUGGAACCUGUGCACGGGAUUUGCCUUACUAAAUCAUUCUUUCCUCAGAAAUGGGAGCGAAGAGGAAGAACACUCAUUGAACAUUUUCCAUGAAAGAUACCGUGACAAAGCAAGCAGCUAUGACUUUGAGGAGAAAGAGGUUGUAGGAAAGCUGUGUUAUGUGUUUAAAAGAAGAAUAUACGGUGAAAGAGGGAUGGAAGAGGAAGACGAGAUAAGUGGAUUUGUCCAGAAGGUGUUUGGAUUCUUUUUCAGUAGCGAAAAAGCUGGAACCAUUCUGAGUAUAAAGAAACUAGUAGAUUAUGUCAACCGAGGAAGCCACGGAUGUAGAUUGAAUAUAUUGUUUGGCGGGCUUCUGGUCGAAAAAACUAUAUCAGAGAUCAAUGCAUUGUCAACAAGGAACAUUGAUCUUAUCUUAGAGAUCACCUACGAUCGCCUUCCGAGGAUUUUCCAUGAAAUAAACCAUAAUAAGAAGUUACCUACCGGGAAGGAUGAUAUAAGAAACGCAGGAGACAACGAAAAGCGAUUGCUAAGGUUGAACGUUCUUCUAGAUCGCUUGUUAUGCGACAGAAAUGUUGCAGAUGAAGGGCCUAUGUACAUGCCUAGCAUAUUGUCAAGCAAUGGAUAUUUAUUGUGCAGUUUGCAAAUGCUUUGGAAGAUAAAGAAGCUGUUUUACUUUACAAUGGGCUCCUACGCUAAUAGCUGGCCCAGCAUUUUUCUUAAACCACAGGCACAGGUUGAUGAAUCCAUCGCAGACGAUAGAAAGGCAGUGCUCAAACUGAUAGGAAUAGAAGACAGGGACCUGCUUUUCAUGCACUUAGAGCCCUCUGAGGUGGUUGAACACAUAGUCUUUUAUGAUAGAGAGGGAGAAAGGGUUGUAGUUUCAUUCAAGGGGACCACGAACUCUGAGGAGACUAUCCAGGACAUAAAUUGUGAGUAUGCAGAGUUUGGAACUGGGUUUGUACAUAAUGGAUUCAAGAAGUUGGCAACUUAUUUCAUAGAUAAUCACAUAAAUGCAAUUGAAAGGACCUUAACAAAGCUAGGGACCAAAAAGCUUCUCCUGCUAGGGCAUUCUCUUGGAGGAGCGAUCUCGAUGCUGGUUAAGAUAAUGGUAGAAGAAAUGAAGCUCCUGAAAGGGAUGGAUGUAGAAGCAAUAGUUUUUUCAAGCCCCCCUGUGGUUUCCGAGGAAAUAGCGUCUAGAUUUAGUGAUGGAAUAACUGUGAUCAAUUAUGGGAAUGAUAUAAUACCUCGAAUGAGCUAUGGAAGUGUUCUAGACCUCAAAUUUCUCUGCUGUUCGAUUGGAGAAAGACACGGGCCGUUAGAUUUCAAUGGGGAGAUUGAUAAGGACAUUGAUCUGGUUCUGUCUUAUCUUAGAAGCACAAACAUAUACCCAAAGCUCUAUUUACCAGGAGAGCUCAUACACAUAAAAAGAGUCCGAUGCUCUCUUAAUAAGAAUGAGAACCCUAUUGUUGUUUUUAGAUCUGUGGACAAGAAGUUUUUUGAACAGAUUGUCCUCAUAAAGCAUGCGCCGAAGCACCAUACUGUGGGACACAUAGCAUCUGUUAUUGAUAAGGGGAUUGACAUGCUUGAGAAAAAGGAAAGGAAGAAGUGA